GAUGCAUUUUUAGAUCACCAUUUAGUAUAUAAGAAUACCAGAAAAUUCUAAGAUACAUCAGUCACCAAGGCAGAUUACUACAUUCAACAAGAUGAAAUUAAUUUUGGUUCUAUUCGCCGUUGUGGCCGCUAUAUCAGCCAUACCAACGGCUAACAGAGAUCUUCAAUCCGAUCUCGAAUAUAUUGUUUCGACAAUUCCAUUAUCUGAAAUCAGAGCUAUUGCUCGUAGAUACGCCGAAACUGAUGCUGAAUUCCAAGAAGUAGUCAGAUAUUUGCAGGGACCAGAAUGGGCCAGUUUAGUUGACGCCGUUGCUCAGCACGAGACGUGGCAAAAAUUCAAAGCGUUCAUGGCGAACGCUGGAGUUGAUAUCGACGGAGUCAUUCAAUACCUUCACGACCUCAUCGCUGGUGUAAUCCUUCCCAAAAACACUAACCAACGUAGCGUAAGGGAUUUCGUUGAUGAAGUUCUUGCAAUUGUUGAUCUCCAAGCUAUUAUUGCCGCUCUCAAUGAUAAACUAAAUAACAGUCCAGAUUUCCAAGAAUUCUUCGGCAAAAUUAGCAGUCACGAAGCUUACUUAAUGGUUGAAGAUAUCCGAGCAAUGGAUGAAGUUCAACGCAUUGCAGGACGUCUCCGUGAGAUGGGUAUUGAUGUUGAUAAAGUUGUUGAUCUUGUUUAUGGGCUUUUGGGGUGGAACAAAAUACAAAUCUACAUGGAAAUGGAAAUGUUACAAGUUAUUAAAUAUAUGCAACAAAGUAAAUCCCAAAAAGCUUGUAUUUGUUUGUUUGGACAUUGUUGGGGUCAUUGUCCAGAAGAGUCACAAGAAGAUAAACGUGUACAACAAGGUGAAUCCCCAAAAGCUUGUAUUUGUAUGUUUGGAGGAUGUUGGGGUAGUUGCCCAGAAAUGUCACAAGAAGAUAAACGUGUACGACUAGGUGAAUCCCCAAAAGCUUGUAUUUGUCUGUUUGGAAGUUGUUGGGGUACUUGCCCAGAAGAGUCACAAGAAGAUAAACGUGUACAACAAGGUGAAUCCCCAAAAGCUUGUAUUUGUAUAUUUGGAAGUUGUUGGGGUACUUGCCCAGAAGAGUCACAAUAAGAUAAACUUUUACAACAACGUAAACCCCCAAAAGCUUGUGUUUUUUGUGUGUUUGGAUAUUAUUGGGGUAAUUGCAUAGAAGAUUAACAUAUAUAACAAGGUAAAUCCCCAAAAGUUUGGGAGCUGUUGGGGAACUUGCCCAUAAGGAAUGAUUUUAAUAGUAUUUAGUUAUCGAUUACUGUAUCAUAUGAUUUAUACAUAUUCAUUGUGUACCUACAAUAUUCAAAAUAAUUAAAAUAAAAGCAGUAAUAUAACAAAAUAGUAA